AUGCGUUCAAAAACCUAUCUACUAAUAUUCCUAGCGGUGUUUUUGUUGAUUGGUGCUGACGGAGCUCGGGACCGCAAGAAGAAUAAGAACCGAAACCGUGACAACGAAAGCGGCGCUGAAGGAGAGGAGCAAGGCACCAGAGCUGGUAGCUUUUUCGGAGGACAAGAUGAGGAGAGACGUAAGGAAACAAAGGACAGAGAACGUUUGAUGGAGAAGAAAGAAAGAGAAAAGGAAGAAGAAAGCAGUGAAGAAAAAGAUGAAAAAGAAAAGAACGGCACUUCAUCAGAAAUUGAAAUACCAAAGAGAAGACGUAGGAAUCUCGAGCUUAGCCGGGCAAAGGAGCUCAAUGAUGGUUCGGUACAAUCGCUCGACAAAAAAUCAGGUCAUGAACACCCGAAACACCAGAGAAUGCGUAGAACUCACGAUCUUGUCAAAGCGAAAGAGCUGAACGACGGAGAAAUGAAGCCCGUCGAAAAGAAACCAUCUCAAUCAAGUUAUAAGAGAAUGCGCAGAACACUCGAAUUAUCUAAAGCAAAGGAGCUGAACGACGGAGAAGUGAAGCCCGUCGAAAAGAAACCAUCUCAGUCAAGUUAUAAGAGAAUGCGUAGAACACUCGAACUAUCUAAAGCACAAGAACUGAACGACGGAGAAAUGAAGCCCGUUGAUAAGAAACCGUCUCAAGAAACAUCAAUUCGGCAGAGGAUGCGUAGAACUCUCGAGCUUGCCAAAGCGAAAGAACUGAACGACGGAGAAGUAAAGCCCGUCGAUAAGAAGCCAACUCAAGAACAAUCAAUUAGUCAGCAUCGUAUUAGGCGCUGGCCUUCGGCAAUGAAGAAAGAACACAUGGAUAAGCCAAUGCAUAGGAAGAGAAAGGCUGGAAGAAAGACUAUUAAACAUAAGCAGGCUGCACGUAUCCGCAGAGCUAAGAAACUGGAACCAACUCUGGAUGAGAAUGUCGAGGAUGAAAUGAAAACGAAGAAAUCCAAAGUUUCAUCCUCUUCAAGUGAAUCUAACGAAGGUACAAGAAAGGCAAGAUCGUUCAGAACAUCACAUCAUAGACAUCGACGUGAUUACUUUCGCUAA